ACUCUCCAACCCACACUCAUGCCUGCCCUCAGACACGCCGCAGCAACACUUGCCCUGAACCGGUGUGUGUAGGCGUCCAAUCAUCUCUACACCAAAACAUUGCACUCCAGCAAAAAGAAAGCCACUUGUUCUCUCACUCCUCAGGACUGAGACACGCUCCGGUUCUUGUGAGCGAUGCCUGCUUAGGCUGUGUAAAAGCUGCCGAUGGGAGCACGCUGGGAGAAAAAGAGCGACUCCCAGCCCUAGACCUAGACUCCGUUCCAAAAAGCAGCAGAUGUGACAGAAGAGAAGAGGCGGAGGGAAAGAAACUAAAUCUCCCUCACCCCUCCUUCCUUCAUCUGGGAGAACAAUACCCAGCCUCCAGUUGGAGAGGGUCAGCUUUUGUCCCUCUCCCCACGCUGCCACUGAAGAGUGCGGGGGCAGGCAGACGCGCUGACACAUUGACCUGCUGCUGUGAGAGGAGAGGACCGAUGCCGAAACACUUGCUGCACUUUGCACCGUUUGAUUCAGUACUUGGACAGCUCCUGAGCGACAACCAGUGUGAGUGUUUUCGUGUAUUUCCAUGAGAGACUCCUCGACCGGUCUGGUUUGGAGACUGAGAAGCACAGAUGCAGCCCCCAUGUUCACUCCAGCUUGGCACCUGUGGCCCCCCUCCAGCCCUGGGAUCACAGCGCAGUGUUGCCGGACUACAGCAGCUGGAGGAGAAGCUGCUCUUUGAGAAGUUUUGGAAGGGGACCUUUAAGGCUGUGGCCACCCCGAGACCAGAGAGUGUCAUUGUGGCCAGCAUCACCGCCCGCAGGAGGGUGACUGACUCAGAGACGACAGCCUGCCAGCCACUACAAACUGAUGAGAGGAAAGCGGUGGACUCCCGGGUGGACACUGCUGACAGAAAUGGCUGCAUCAAAGGAAAAGGACGCAAACAUCACAGUCAUCACAGGGCUCGGAGCCCCUUCUCAGAUGAGGAUCUCUCCCCUCGGCCCAAGGGGAAAAAAAAGAAGAGGAGAAAGUCUGAACGGAGGAGGAGGAAGAGGAAAAGGUCUCCUUCCCACAGCCUGUCGCCCCUGAGGAAGAAGAAAAAGAAGAAGAAGAAGAGCUCCAAGAAAAGCAAGCGGCAUAGGUAUACCUCGAAGAAGUCCAAACACAGCUCUUCAAGUUUAAAACAUAAGAGGAAGGAUGAGCGCAAGCACAAGAAAAGUUCUCGGACUCACUCACGGCGGAAGCGACGCCAUCGGAGGUCAGAAUCAGAGACUUCUUCCUGCCAAUCUUCCACAGAGGACAGACACCACCUGCAGAAAUCUGUGGUUCAUCAGACUUUAGGAGAGCUGGCAGCUGUAGUUGAUGAAACCAAAAGAGUGCUUGACCACACAGACAUGAAAUGGAGACCUGCAACCAAAUCAGUGUGUAAAACGGCUCCAAAAUAUCGCUCCAUCCUCUCAACCGCCACCAUUAUUUCAACAAAACCUGCAGGGGAGCUCUUAAGCGGAAUCAGGUCUCACGAUUUGUCGAGCCAGAUCGAAGGUCCGCAUGAUUACGAUUCUGGGAAUGACACAUCUUCACCACCGUCAAGCAAAACUGGAGUUUCUCGAGCAAGUGUCAGUGACAACAAGGGGAGCCACUGUCAACGUCUGGCAUCUCCAGAGAAGCUGAAGUUCCCAGAAAGAGACAAUGUCUCUGAUUCAGGAAACUCAGUGACCAGCUAUGCUUCCCUGUGCAGACCUUACGCCGAGGAAAGCUUGUCUGCAACCCUCUUCAGUGCAAACGGCAAGAGGGAGCAGAUAACCUUGGGGUGUCGGGUGGAAGUGGUGAGAUCUCCAAAGACAGAUCACAGUUCACAGAGGAUGAGCAAACCGUCUCGAAGGCGUCUGAAAACUCGGUCAUCCAGCAGCAGAAGUAGAAGCAGAUCCUCCGGGAGUUCCAGAAACUCCAGACGCUGCUCCCGAAGCCUGUCACUGUCAUCCUGCAGCUCGUACUCGCGCUCACCGAGUUAUUCAGCUGAUCCAAGACGACGAGGCAGCGUGGCCAGCCUGAGCUCCAGAGGAAGCUACAGCAGAUACACUCCUGACAGACUACGUGACAGAAAGAGAAAACAGAGCUCCAGAGAGACAGAUGUGAAGCAUGCACACAAGGUUAGCAGGAAGAGACAAAGACGCAAAUCCUACUCCCCCAUGAGGAAGAGGAGGAGAGACUCGCCGAGCCAUCUGGAAGCCCGUCGUAUCACAAGUGCCAGGAAGCGACCCAUCCCUUAUUUCCGACCAAGCCCUUCCUCCAGCAGUAGGUCCACCAGUGUGUCGUCCUGGAGCAGCCUCUUCAGCCGCAGUCGCAGCCUAAUCCACAGCCUCAGUCGGAGCCGGAGCAGAAGCAGAAGCCACAGUUACUCCUCCUACAGGACCUACAGCCGCAGCUCAUCCUGGAACUCAAUCUUUGGAACCCGGAGUCGCAGCAGGAGUCGGGGUUCAUUGCACAAACGCAACAAAAACAGGCAUUAGGGUUUCUCAGAGAACAUUAAGAGACUGAGGCGUUGGUCGUGUUUCCAGUUGAGAGCGGGAUGGCGCUGGAUGUCUGAGCAAUCGACUGUGAGCGCCCGUUUUGACGCUUGAGUGGAAAUGUCCCAGCAGGGGUCUGAGCACGUCAUUGAUGCAGUCUUGUUCUCUCUGUCCGCAGAAACCGCUAGAGACUGGAUGUCUUUUUGUUUGUUUGUUUUGUUCCUGUGCUGCAUCCUCCUCUUGCAUCAGCACUCACACAUCCUGAGACUGUUCAGCCCUUAGAUACUUACAAAAGAAACUGCACAGACUCCUGAAUUUGGUUAACUACUGCAGUCAUUUGUUUUUAUGUUCAUGAGCCUUUCACGGAUAUGAUUUCUAUUUAAAGUUUGAAAUAAUUUAAAGACAUAAUAUUUAUUUUUAGAUCAACUUAAAAAUGGUGCAUAAAUAGGCCUGAGUGUACAAAGAAAUGUUGUAAUUGCUUAAUUGUGUUGAUUUUGGGUGUUCAAUAUACAAAUCAUUUUAGUUGAUGGAUGUGCAGAUGCACCGAGUGAAGCCUUUUCAAGUUUCACUCGGUGCUGAGAUAUUGAGAUAUUAACUGUCCCUUGUCAGGUCUCCAUGUAUUAGAUCUAGUGCAGCGAUGUGAAGUACUGAAGUAACAUUUGAGCCGUUUGAUCCAAGUGUAUACAAAUGGCUUCAGAGGGAUCGUUAUCAGGGAUACGGAAAAGGUUCAUAGCUCUGAUCUUGACACUUCACAAGGCUGGGAGAGAAAAAAAAAAAAAACAGAAACUCUGAAAAAUGAAACAGCAAGGGUGGCCUGACGGCGAGCAAACUGCCUGUCAGCUCAAAUGUCAAAUUAAUUUAUCCUCUGAUCAGGUGGAAAACAAUUGAAAUGUCAGUCCAUGUAGUACAACUGUGAGCGAUUGAAACAUGGUGCAGGGAAGAAGAGGGAGGGGGAUUUCUUUUGACAAAAUGUCCACAGAGUCAGAUGAGGUUUUCUCACUGACAUCUCACGGGUAAUUAAACAUGAUGAAGCUUUUUGGGUAAAGGGUAUGUAGUGUUCAAUAUAACACACUUUUUUUUUUUUUUACAUGAAUUGUCAUCUGGUAGAGUCUGUAUGUGAACAUAUGUCAGUCUUAGUUUUCAAUGUAUAGUUUUGAUUUAUAAAAGAUGACAAAGUCAAACUGGUACCUCACAUUGUUGUUUCAUUUAAAACCUUUCAAAUACCGUUGACUGACCUCAAUUUUCAACACUGGAACCAGACACAUACACUGGAAAUCAACCACGCUUUAUUCUUGAAGUACGUCUGAAGGUCAAGGAUUUGUGCUGCAUCAUAUUACUUAUUUAAUAUUUAUUGUUUUCUUGUCCCUCUCAGUAGCGCUCAGUCUUUCUAUGCAACACUGUCAAUUUAUAGUUAUUAUGACACUAUCAUUUAUUUUUGGUUUGUAUGUGUUGUAUUUGAUAUUUGACACCGUCUCUUACUCACAAACGUUAAGUAGAAGCAGGUGAUCAAAUGAUGAAGGAUCAAAAGUAGGAUUGCAGGAAUUAUCCACCCUUUACCCCAAUACGAUACAGGAAAGAGGUAAAUAAUGCCACCGUUUAUAUCACUCUCAUAUUCAUUUGUCUUGAAUAUGAAGCUACAGCUGCAGGCUAACUUAGCUUAGCAUAGUUAAAAACAAAAGACAAGUGGAGGGCUUGCUUUUCUCUGUCAAAAGUGUUUCAGGGAGUUCAGCAACAUGAGGGAAGAACAAAACAAAAGAAAAGGAAAAUGCUUAACUAAACAAGAACAACACGUGACAAGAUAAGACUGGUGGCAGUUAAGUGAACUGCAGUCAGAACCUUGUUGUUUGCACUCAGAUAGAUUCCUGGCAGACAGCCAAAACAGGGAUGUGACACUUGUAGCGUGUCUACGCUGCAUGGAUCUAGUGAUGAUUUCCAAUGUUGUUUGAUAAAGUGAUUUGUAAAUGUCAAGCUAGCCAAUUUACCAGCCGGAGUAGUUUAGGGAGUGCAGUUGAGUUUUGGCACAAAAUCAACUCGAGACAGUCUUAUGCUGUGUUGGGAAGGAUUAUGCCGACAUAAACAAACAAUUUAACUAAGUUAACCACACAAAAAAGGAAACUCUGAAAUGAUUAAAUACCCAGCAGAUAAUGUCCUCAAUCUUCCCCUGAUUGGUGACACAUUGUGCUGUUGUACUUCUUGCCAGAACACAAUAACCAGAAAGCUGUUGAGGUGCUGCUUGAUUGUUUUGUGUUUUUUAUUAACUUUUGUUUCAAACCAACAUGUCUCCUGUUCUCUAAUCUUUAUGCAAGCUAUGCUAACCGGCUGCUAAUUCAGACUUCAUGUUUGUCAUUACGAUACCGGGGUGAUCAAUUUUUUCAUCUUACUUGUUGCAAGUAAGCAAAUAGGCUUUGUUUGAAAAAUGUGAAACUAUCCCAAGAAGGUUAUAUACAAACUUCUCUGACCCCACAGUUUGAAACUGCCUCACCAUACAAUUAAGAGAGUUAUAUUUCUCAAUCAUUUCAAAUCCAUCAUCCUGUCUGAGGAACUGCUCCAGGCCUGACAGACUGCUCUCUAUGCACUCAACACUCUCAGAUUAUUUCCCCGAAUGUCAAGUAAAUUGGACAAAUGAGGGGAACAUGAUGCUGGAGGAGGAAGGAACUUGGCACAAAAGUCAUUCAUAAACUCUUAACCGAUGAUGAGUCAUGUCAGCCCAUGUUGACGAUGUGCCGAGGAAAGAUUUGUGCAGUCAAGCUGAUAAAUUUUCAAGAUGGGGGGCCCAUGCAGGCCAAUAGAACUUUCCCUAUCUCACAAUGUAACAUUUACAUAAGCUCUUGUGGAAAAAAAAAAGAUUUUGAUUAUUUAACUGCUGUGGUGUAAAUAUGCAUCUGAAUUGUAUAAAUUAUUCAAAAAGUGUGAUUAUUGAUUUUCAGAAUGUGAUUAAGGCCUUGUUGGAUGUUCAAAUGUUGGAUAUUAAGCAUUGUACGAUGGAAAAGAAAUGUGCCAUGACACCAUCAAUCAAUGGACUCUAUAUGUCUUUGUACUGAAGAUCCCUCUGAUUGUGUCUUUGUUCUUUUACAAAUCCACAAUAACAAGCUCAUAUAGCAAUAGUGAUCCAGUGUAUCAGUGUUAAAUUAUGCAUAUCCUCACUCUGUUUUCCAUCUGAAGGAGCAUACAUUUUUCAUACUGUCAUCUUUUGUCUCGUGUCAGUGCAAAAUCCUCCAAUGUAAUAAUGUGUCACCUGAAAAUUGAAUAACCCCAUGAAAUCAACUUUCCCUUCGUGUUUAGAAUAAGCUAUAUUAAAGAAGAAAAAAAAAAACUUGCUCUGAAUAAGAA